AUGGCUACACCGCCAAACAGCAGGCUUCAAAGCAUGUUGCAGGCUGCGGUGCAAUCAGUUCAAUGGACUUACAGCCUCUUCUGGCAACUUUGUCCACAGCAAGGGAUUCUGACGUGGGGUGAUGGAUACUAUAACGGAGCAAUAAAGACAAGGAAGACGGUGCAAGCAAUGGAGGUUAGCACUGAGGAAGCGUCUCUUCAAAGAAGCGAACAACUUAGAGAGUUAUAUGAAUCGUUGUCCGUUGGGGACACAAACCUGCGAAGGCCUUCUGCUGCCUUGUCGCCGGAGGAUCUAACGGAAUCCGAAUGGUUCUAUUUGUUAUGUGUCUCUUUCUCCUUUCGUCCUGGUUAUGGGUUACCCGGAAUGGCAUAUGCUAGGAGGCACCAUUUAUGGCUCACUGGAGCAAACGAAGCAAGCAGUAAAACAUUUUCAAGAGCUAUUCUUGCCAAGAGUGCUCAUAUACAGACAGUGGUGUGCAUUCCGGUGUUGGAGGGCGUCGUUGAGUUGGGCACAACCGAUAAGGUGGAAAAAGACCUUAAGUUCAUCCAACACUUAAAGAGCUUCUUCAUAGUCAUAGAUGAGCAUCCUCCAAUGGCAAUGGCUGCACUAUCAGAGUACUCUACUUCCAAUCCCACUUCAUCCUACCCACCCAAUAUUCCAAAUCAAGACAACAAUAACGUGAGCGAUGAUAAUUAUAAAGCUGAAGUUCAGUUGGAUUCCGAACCAACCACUUUCCCAGCAAGCGAGUUAAUGGAGCUUGACACGUUUGAAGACUUUCGGGUCGGGUCACCUGGAGAUGGGUCCAACCACUUUGAUUCGUUCCCCUCGGAAGAGUCAAUGUCACUGUGUUCGCCAGGGUUGGAGCUGCUUCAACUUCAACCACCACCUUCACCACAGCCUCCGUCGGAAAGCUUAGCACAAGGUGACACGGACACCCAUUACUCUCAAACAGUGUCCACUAUCCUUCAAAAGAACUCAAGGUGGUGGCUAGAUUCACCCUCCACCACCCACCUCACUGAUUCCUUUCAAUCAGCUUUCAACAAGUGGAGCACUGUUGCUAACAAUGACCAACCUCACUUACACGUGGCGGUGACCCAUGUCACCUCCCAAUGGCUCCUCAAAUACAUUUUGUUUAGUGUCCCUUACUUGCAUGCAAACCGUCUCAAACCCAAGGGUGCUUCGUCCUAUGAGACCAGUCACGUCAUGGCCGAGCGUCGCCGAAGGGAAAAGCUCAAUGAGAGGUUCCUCAUUCUAAGGUCAAUGGUUCCUUUUAUCACCAAAAUGGACAAGGCAUCUAUUUUAGGAGACACCAUCGAAUAUAUUAAACAGUUGCGUGAUAAGAUUGAGAAUCUCGAGGUGUGUGAUUGCAACACAAGAAAGAGAAGAGUGAGAGAGGUUGAGGUUUCGAUCAUAGAGAGAGAUGCGUUGUUAGAGGUGGAGUGUGUGCAUAGGGAAGGGCUGUUGCUUGAUGUGAUCAAAGUGUUGAGAGAGUUAGGGAUAGAAGUCGUAAUGGUGCAGUCAUCGGUUAAGGAUGAUGGAGUGUUUGUGGCGGAAAUAAGGGCUAAGGUGAAGGAAUAUGUUAAUGGGAAAAGGGUAAGUAUUUUAGAAGUGAAGAAGCUUCUUAGCCAGAUAAUACCCCAUCAUGAGCCAUGCACGUUUGCUUCCAAUGAUCAUUUGAGCAUGCGUUUGGACUUGGGAUGCAUGCAUCUAGGGAUGAAUUAG